AUGUUGCGUUUCCUCCUUCUUUUUUCCCUUUUUCAUCCAAUUUUUUCCUUUGAAAGUAGUGGCCAUGAACCGGAAAAAUCGACCAGUAAUGCCUAUUCCUUGUCAUUCCAAGAAGAUGCGGAGCCUGUGGAAUAUGUAAGAGGGCCUUUGAAGUGUAAUACGUACCUUUAGACCAAACUUUGCAACCAACUUUAUUACAAAAUCUGCAAUCAAAGGAUCGGGAAAGAGGAUCAGAAGUGCCGAGACGACUGCAAAGUGCAUUUAAGUGGAAUUGUAAAGGAAGAAAAGGCAAUGCAAUGCUUUGCUCCGAUGGAGGAACUGAAGAAAUGGGACAAAUGUUUGGAGGACGGAGCUGAUCUGUGGGUUUUUAUAUUAUACUUGAGGUCUAUGAAAAUAUAUUAUUUCUGAAAAUCUGGUGCCGGAAAUCAGCUAAAAUUGAUGAAAAAGGGAUGGAAAACCCUCUAGUACCAUUAUUCAUUUAUUCAUUUCCAGAUUUGACUCCAGCAGCACCAGAAUCCCCCAAAAUGAAGUGAAUCGCUUCAAUUACUCCCUCGAAGACGAUUACUCCAGAUUCAGAAGCCAGAACGGCGCUGUGAUCGUCAAAAAGGCUCGCAAAUCGUUCGUUGCGUUCCGCAAAUUCCAACACUGUUAUAUUCAUUGCAUGAAGAGGUACGAACAGAUGUGUCAUGGCCUCUUCAAUUGCGCCAUCUCCUACCCAGAGUCCGAGGACAUGAUUACGAUUAUGAAGGAGUGCCAAGGAUUGGGAAAAAUGGUUCUGGACAACACGAAAGACACUUGCAAGUGUCUGAGUGAAGGCCACGACGUCACAAAGUUGCUGGGGCAAUGCUCUUUGAUGGGAAGUCGAGUCUUCAUGAGAAGGAUCUAA